GAUUCUGAUAUUCACCUUCUAUAAGCUUCUUGCUGUUCUUCUCCCACAAAUCGGCCCUGGUAUUGAUUGGUAAGUGCACUUGAAUCUGGACUCUUUCUCCUAUCCUCUGCCAACACAGGCAUUCAAUGUUUAAUGCAAAUAUAAUCUUUAUCAAUUGACACCCAGAGGGAUUUGCUUUUGUAGCAUACUUCUCAAGAUGUUAGACACGUGCUGUAUGUUUUCAACCAGUGCUGCCUGUGAGUACAAGAUCAAUUUUCUCUAACUGCCCGUCAGAAGACUUAACAAUUUGCCUGUUCUUGUGAAGGCAGGGAAAUUUUGAAGAAGAGUCACUUUUCAUUUGCUUCUUGAUCUGGAAGUGGAGCUUCUCACUCCCCUCCUUGCCCCUCAGAUAGAACAGUGUUAGCCUCCAUAUUCAUAGACCAUUUCCUCUGCUUAAAAUCCCUCCUUAUCUCCUAAAUUCAUUAAUCAACUUGAAUUCACUUUCUCUGGGAAAACUCUUUAGAACCUCCAGGAAGAAUUUUUCUCUCUUCAGAGCUUCUUACUUUGUAUUCCUAUAGAGAAAUUCUCACAGCGUACAGUCAUUAUGUGUUUACCCAGCCUUCCAGCUCUCUCUAGUCUACAGGAUCCCCAGGCAGGGACGUAGUCUGCUUUACCCUUGGAACUCACCAAAUCUGACCCAAAAUGUUAUGGGUAUACUUACUUAUUGAAUGAAUGAAUGAAGGCAAAGUUUGGAAAUGAAAAGAGUAGUAAACUCAAAAAAGUUUGCUAGGCAAAUACUUCUGUGGUCAAAUACAUAUUAGAAAAGUGAAACAUAGAGAAAAUAUUACAUAAGCUACUGAAAUUUUGUGUGUUGGAGUGUUUUCAUUUUCUUGAGUAUCCAUGAGCUUUUAUAGGAAUGUUUCAAAAAUUAUUUUUCAGCUUUAAAUGCUAUUUGUUUAUUCUUGAUUUCAUUCAUUCAUUCAACAGUUAUUUAUUGCAAACUAUACAUCAGAAAACAUCAUGCUAUUAAUUCAGGUUUAUAUAAUGUUAUUAUUAACAUUAUUAUACUGAAGCUACCUGAAAAUAUUAAUAAAAUGCAUAAUAUUCUGCUGCUUAACAUAAUAGUGGAAAGACAUUGUGCCUUAGGGCUUGUGAGAAAUUAACUAGUUCAGGUUAACUGUCUUAUUUACUAUAGCUACGUAUGGCAUAGCUUUUAUAUCCUGUAUUAAUUAUUUUGAAUUAAGUUAAAAAUAAAAUCUAGUGGGUUCUGUAAAAAAAGAUAGACUCUUUCCUUAAAGCUCUUUUUAUUAAUAUCUUUUUGAAUUUUAUUUUCUUAAGCCGUAUCUAAGUGAAAACUAUAUUAGCCAAAUGGAUGAAAAAAUGAACAGAGCAUUUUGAAUGAAUAUAACUAUUUCAACAUAAGCAAAUUAGUACUUCACAUAUAAGGAAAAUGUGGACAUUGUCCUUUCCUUGUGGACACAGAAGAGGAAACUGGGGUGUACAGACGUUAACUUGCACGAUGUCACACGGACAGAGGGAGGUGCACCAGGAUUCAAACGCGCAGUUUGACUCCUGAGCCUGCAAACGUCUCUGUCUUGCUAUUCUGUCCCAUCUGUCAGUGCACUAGUCCGUUAGUACACUCCUGCGAUUCACAGAACUUAAUGUCUGUAACAACUGUGGCAAAACGAACGAUGGAUGUGCUUUGUGCGGCUGAAGAUCCUAACUCCACUGACAAGCGCCAGCUCUCAGCUCGCAGGUGGGAGCUGGACAGGUCCUGUCUCCUAGGUAAUGACUGAAGCACAGGCGGCCUAUAAAGCACCCUUCUCCCCAGACCCACAGGGCUGAUGUCAUUUCCUUCGUCUGGGCGGUCGCACCAGUGACACGGCGGGCUGUAGGGCGGUGUUAGGUACCCGAGAGACCUGCGGCGCGGUAUGUCACUUCCUCCCGGAGACGCUGUUUCCUAGCAACCGCUUCCCACCUGCGUUCUUAGUACCGCCUCCUCCCUCGCUGCAGAGUUGGUCUCAGAGAGCAGCCUAGGCGCAGGCCCAGGAGAGGGGCCAACAGCUGGUUCCUCCGGUCGCGGGGAGACAUCCGCAGAAAUGCAGAGCUCCGGACGCGCAGGCUCAGCGGCCAUGGCUCACGGGCCCAGCUGCUCCGCGGCAUGUGGGAUCUUUCCGGACCGGGGCACGAACCCGUGUCCCCUGCAUCGGCAGACGGACUCUCAACCACUGCGCUACCAGGGAAGCCCUUUUUGUUUUAUCUAAUAGUAUUUCAACACUUGUGAGAGGGAAGAGUGGCUGGAAAAAUAUCACUAUUUACGAUCUUUUUCUUUCCCAGCACUGUAUGUAAACUUUUUUAAAAAAAUGGUGAUGUUCUUAGUUAUGUACACUAAUUCCCCUACCUAUGAACCUUCAAGUUGCGAACUUUAAAAGAUUCGAACCUGCGUUCUCACGUCCAAUCACGUACGUUAGUUCACGUGUAUGGUGUACACUGUCACGUGUGUGCGUCCUCUACAAGUGGUUGUACUUUUGUGUACUUUACAGUACUGUAUAGGGCACAGUAGUUCAGUAUCUUUAUUUCAAGCCCAGGAUGCCCAGAAGCAAGAGGGUAGAUAGAAUUGAAUGCAGCCAGGAAGCAGAACAUGUGCCAUCAACGUCAGGCAUGAGUGAAAUUGCAGCUUGCCCUCCGUCUCCUAUUGCUGACAAUCCUUCAACUCUGCCAUCUCCCACCUCCUCUCCCUCCUCCAGUCAGUAACUCUUCUUGCCUGUUCACCUGAUGCCGGCGCCUAUAUGCUAGUUGUUGUACUGUACUACUGUUGGGUACCUAGGCUAAAUUUGUUGGACUUACGAACAAAUUGGAUUUACAAACACAAUCUCGGAAUGGAACUCAUUGGUAUGUAGGGGACUUCUGUACUUCAGGGGUCCCCAACCCCAGGCUGCAGACCCCUGUUAGGAACCAGGAACCGGACCGCACAGCAGUGGGUGAACGGCGGGCGAGUGAGCGAAGCUUCAUCUGCCGCCCCCCGUCGCUCCCCAUCGCUUGCAUUACCGCCCGAACAAUUCCCCCCACCCACCAUCUGUGGAAAAAUUGUCUUCCACGAAACUGGUCCCUGGUGCCAAAAAGGUUGGGGAAUGUUGCUGUACUUUAUGCUGACAGUCGUCUUCUUGGUAGCCUUUUAAAUAAGUAUGGCUGUUUUGUAGGCUAUAUUAUACUUUUUGAAUGGAAGAGAGGUGAAAAAGUUUCUAUUUUAAUUGGCAACAACCUAUUGCACUCAUUAUUUAAAUGAGUGCAAUAAUUGUAAAACUUAUUUAGGAUAAUAAAAUAAUUGUAGAAAUAUUUUUGGAUAACUUCAGUUUGAAUUUUAUUUUUCUGAAAACAAGUUUGAUAGUAGAAUUUGCUUUUUCUUUACAAAAACUCUGUUUAUUACUCUGCUACUUAAAAGUGAAGAUAUAGCUCAAUGUUCAUAUGAUGCUUUUCUGGUUUUUGUUUGGCUUUGGGGGCAGGGAGGGAGUACUAAGUGUAGUAAUGGAAAUUUUCAAGCAUGCAAAAAAGUCUGAUUUGUUUUUUAUAUAUUUCAGCCACCAUCAGAGGUUGAAUUAUCCCUAUCAUUUGUUAGCCAUUUUAUAAAAUUAGAUGAUGUCUGAUGAAGUUUUUAGCACAACUUUGGCAUAUACAAAGAGUCCAAAAGUCACCAAAAGAACUACUUUCCAGGAUGAACUAAUAAAAGCAAUUACAGCUCGCUCAGCCAGACAAAGAAGUUCUGAAUACUCAGAUGACUUUGACAGUGAUGAGAUUGUUUCCUUAGGUGAUUUUUCUGACACCUCAGUAGAUGAAAAUUCAGUUAAGAAAAAGAUUAAUGAUUUUCAUAUAUCAGAUGAUGAAGAAAAGAAUUCUCCAAAACUGUCUUUUUUGAAAACCAAGAAAUCAAUCAAUGAUGUGAGGAAAGAUGAGCAAGUAGUCUCUGUCAAAAAUGAUGAGAUGGCACCUGAUGGUGGUAAAGGCAUGAUUGUAAAUCCCUUAUCUGAAUCUCAAAAUAAACAACAAGAAGUUGAAAAAGAGAAAAUUAAAAUGGAAACGAAACCUAGAAUUCUUCUAAUCAAAAGCGCAUCUUCAGAAAAUAACAGCAGCCUUGAAGCAGACAACCACUUUAAGCCUUCACCUCGGCCAAGGAGCAUGUUGAAAAAGCACAGCCACAGGGAGGAGAAAGACAGGCUAGGAGAAGACAAAGACACUGCCCUCCAUGAAGAAUUAGAGGCAUAUUAUGCACCUUCAUUCCUCCCAAGGCUGAAUGGCAGACAACCAGAAGCUGAGAAAAAUGCAUUCUCUGAAAACCUUGACCCUGAGGUUGCAUGGUUAACAAGUCUAUCAUCAUCAUCCCUUAAAGAAAGUCUCGGAAAUUCCUCUUCACCAGUAUCUGGGGAAAAAUCCUCCAUCACAGAUCAGAAUGAAGAAUGCACUGAAAACCAUAAUUCCUUGAAAUCAGUUGAAAAUGAAGAGAACUCAGUUUUGAUAGACUUUGUUACUACACUUGAGAAACCCAAGGAAAGUCAAGUGACUACUGAUGACCUUGAAGAAGAAAAGGAGAAAGCUGAACUGAUUAUGAAUGGUAACUUAACAGUUGAUGAUCCACCACUGUUUCAACUUCAGAGUAUCUUAUGCACUGAGUCUGCAAAGAAAAUAAUUCAAGAUAGAAAUAUGAAGAAUAAAAAGUCAACAAAUAAUAGAGCAUCCAAUGCAUCUGGCAGAUUAGUGACCUCUGAGUUCUUAAGGAAACCUGGUUCUCUAAGGAGAACUCCAUUGACAGUUCCCACUUCUCACUAUUUAGGGACUUUGAGAGUCUUGGACCAAAAGCCCUCACAGAAACAGAGUACAAAACCUGCCAGAGCAGAUAACAUAAGGGCAGCUAUUUAUCAGGAGUGGUUAGAAAAGAAAAAUGUUUAUUUACAUGAAAUGCACAGAAUUAAAAGAAUCGAAAGUGAAAACUUAAGGAUUCAAAAUGAACAGAAAAGAGCUGCUAAGAGAGAAGAAGCCUUAGCAUCAUUUGAGGCCUGGAAAGUCAUGAAAGAAAAGGAAGCAAAGAAGGUAGCUGCAAAAAAAAGGCUUGAGGAAAAAACCAAGAAGAAAACUGAAGAAGAAAAUGCUGUGAGAAAAAGAGAAGCACUGCAAUCUUUAGAAAAAUGGAAAGAGAAAAAGAUGGAAUAUCUUAAAGAGAAAAGUAAAAAAGAGAAAGAAUAUGAAAGAGCAAAGAAACAGAAAGAGGAAGAAACUGUUGCUGAGAAAAGGAAAGAUAACGUAACUGCUAUUGAAAAAUGGAAUGAAAAAAAGGAAGCUGUUUUCAAGGAAAAGGAAAAAGAGAAAAUAAAUGAGAAAAGAAAAGAAGAACUGAAAAGAGCUGAGAAAAAAGCUAAAGAGAAACAAGCUCUUGAUGAAUAUGAAAAAUGGCUGGAAAAAAAAGAAAGGAAGGAAAGAAUUGAACGGAAACAAAAGAAACAUCAUCCCUUUCUUGAAAAUGAGGCACUUCCUCCAUGGAGCCCUCCAAGCAGAACUGUGUUCUCAAAAGUGUUUUGAUAAUUCUUAUUCUUGCAUUAUUUAGUUAUUUAUCAAUUCACCAAUUUUAGCCAAACUAAAUUUAAAACUAUUAAUUCAAUUAUUUAUAGUUAGAAGAGUCUAUUUUAAUAAUUAAAUGCCGGUCACUUCUGCUGACAAUGAAAAAGAUGCUUUACAGUUUAAUCAGUGAAAGCAUUGAAAGCAUUUUUGAACUGUAGAUAAACUGCUUCAAAUGAAGAGCUAAUAAUCAUAUUGCUUUUACCAUUGAAAUACAUAACCCUUUUUCAUGUCCUGAUCAUUUGUAUAGUCUGAUGAUCCAUGAUCACUUUCCCUAACCUGUGCAUGUUAUUAGUAUGUUUAUUCUCCAAUAUAAAAAGAAAACCAUUUAGGUACCAUAAUCAUGAAAUAAUUGAUUUUGCGAAUGAUUGCACCUCUAGAUUCGGGUUUUAAAAUGAAUGGUCACUGGGGAGUAUGCAAAUAUUAUUUCUUCUAAACUAAUCUUUAGCUCAAAGUAGUUGCAUUUGCACUGUGCAAGUUAGACUUUUGGUCAACUGAGGCAGUAGUUCAGUAGAAUCAUGCAAUCACUGAGGCAUUUUCUUUAAGAAUGUUGCCAUAUGUUUUAAUAUGAGUAUACUUUAUCUGUUUUUGCUUAAGUGACAGUCAUAGGCACUUUAUAAUGAGCAGACCUCUGAAAUGUGUCUUCCUAAAUUCUAUCUCACUUUACUAUUUCAUUGAUAUCAAAAGAUGUCCAUUUCAUGGUAAUUAUAUACAUUACUUAUGGAAAUUCCACAAGAGUCCAAGGUCAUUAUCACUAUUUUUAUUUCCCAAACUAAAGCCAUAAAGAUGAUAAUGGCAAUUUUUGUCCUCUUAGCUAAUCCAGAGUCAUCUACCUUAUAUUUAGAAGACAGCUGUAUGGGAAGGUAAUUUGUAGAAAAUGUCCAAAGAAUCUAUUUAUUUGAUCUCUGCAUAUCCUCAUUAAUCGGACUCAUACUUGAACUGGUCAACUAGUUGAUCACAGACCAAAUAUAUGCUCUCAGAGUUGAAAUGCUACUGCAGCCAAUGAUGCAAUGCAAUGAUAGAUGAGAAAAAAGUUACUAUUUAUGAAGUACCUGUUGUAUCCUCUCUACUAGAUCUUUACAAGUAUUAUUUUUGAUCUUUACAACAACUAUUCAGAGUAUGUGUUAUUAGCUUCAUUUUGCAGAUAAAAAUACUGAGACUCAGAGAAAUCAAAGAACUUGCCACUCAUUUAGCAUGUGACUGAGCUGGGAUUAGAGCUAAUGAAGUCUCUCUACCUCUAGAAUUCAGAUGCUCAUGUUCAUGCUCUCAUGUGACCUCAGAGAACUGUAAAUUCUGUCAAGACCUCUGUAUUAUAUCAACCUUAAAAACACAUUUUACUUCUCAGAUCCUAAAAUCAUAUAUUGUUUCCCAGAGAUUAUCUUUCCUUUAAGAAAUAGCUGUUUGUUAUUAGAAACAGUUAACCUCAUUAGAUCUUCAAAAUGAAAAAAAUAAUUCAUAGUAUUUAUGGAGUUAGUCAAAUGCCCGUGUCUAGUAUUAGAAUGUCAGAGCACCCAGCGGGUUAUGGAACUUAGGCUUUCAGACAGUUACUCAGGAGGUUUCACAUUCUGAGGAUUAGCCUUCUUGCUGCAGUGGAUGUGCAAGGUAAGAAAGAUGUCGUGGAUCACUUUGUAAGAUCACAUCAGUGCUACAGAUAAAUUUAAAAAUUUCAUAAAUAAAACUGGAAGCCUUUUUAUACUACUGGAACUAGGAGAAUCUGUCGUGAAAUUGAACUAAUUACCAGCAGUAUCAGUAUGGGAUUUAGGGCCUCCCUUAGUUCAUUUGUGUGUCACCCACAGUACCAAACAGAAAAGAUUAAGUAUUUAUUGUAUUGAAUUCUAUUCAGGGCUUAAAAGAUAUUUGCAAAUUCCAGGGAAGUAAAAGGAAAAAUAGAAAAAUGUACAGCUACUUUUAUGAAUGUGAGAUCUUAAGUGUGUGUGUCAUAGAUUUCACAUUAAAUAUUGACUUAAGCAUUCUGAACAUUUUCUUCUAAUUUAUCAUGCAUAGUGGAUUAACUAUUAUCACCUCUGUGUUGUGAGAAUUGAAGUUAGUUAAUUAAUAUAAAGAAUAUGGCACAUAAGAAAAGACUUAAUAAAUGUUCAUUGUUUUCACUUACUUCCUACCUUGAGCCGUUUGUUUCCCCACCUCAUGUUUGUGAGAAGGUUAACAUGGAUGAGGCUGAUAAUGAUGAGUUAACAUUUCACUUGGUUGGCAUAUAAGAAGAAAUCUCUGCUUUCCUUACCAGUCUAGGUUGUAGCACUCAAAAGAGAAUAUAGAGGUGACCUGCGUUUGGGACCUUCUAAAAAGAAAUCUAAAUACUAAUUCCUUAGCAUUGCUUGUGAGGUCAAUGAAAAGGGAAAUUGAGGUGUUUGCAAAGACCCAGCAAGUCAUUUCCCUCAAAUGGGAUUUUCAUCUUGCUACGCUAAAUAAUAUAUUAUUUCCUGUUUACAGCAAGCUGUGCUGAUUGAAUUGUCUAGUUGAAUGAAAUCACCUCUUUGCCUAUAGCAGAAAUAAAGCUGAGUUCUCAGAGCUGGAUGAAAAUACAGUGCUAUUUACUUUCUGAGAUCCAAAGGGGAGAAUCAAGCCAGGUAAUAUUCUCCUGAAUGUAUUUGUCUAUUUAAAGUGUAUGCUUUCCCCAUAUUUCUUUAGAAAUUAUCAGAUAUCGGGCUUCCCUGGUGGCGCAGUGGUUGAGAGUCCGCCUGCCGAUCCAGGGGACACGGGUUCGUGCCCCGGUCCGGGAGGAUCCCGCGUGCCGCGGAGCGGCUGGGCCCGUGGGCCGUGGCCGCUGAGCCUGUGCGUCCGGAGCCUGUGCUCUGCAACGGGAGAGGCCGCGACAGUGAGAGGCCCGCGUGCCGCAAAAAAAAAAAAAAAAAAAAUUAUCAGAUAUCAAUACCAUUAACUUUCAUUAAGUUUUUAUUAUGAGGGAAUGUUAAUUCAAAUGAAAGACACUAAAAGCCUAUAGAUUUUCAGAUUAAACUUCUAGUUGUGUAAACUGUAUUGAGCACUUAAAGAAUGCUGACAUUUAAAGUAAAUAGGAAUUUAAUGAAUAUUUUAAAACAUUACUGAGAAUAAUUGCCCUAGAAACUUAAAUAAUAAUACUAAAAAAUAAAAUUUUAUUCAGAAAUGAAGUUUCAUAAUAACCAAGAAAAUUAGUGACAUAAAUAAAAAGAAACAAUAUGGCAUUUUAGAUCAGUAGGAGGUUAAAAUUUUCUUAAUGUAAGAAAAUAAGAACUGUUCAGGGAUAACAAUAUUCCAGUGGUUUGUAUUGUACCACAUUUUGGUUAGUAGUUCAUUUAUUGUUUUAUAUAGUAUUGAAACUGAUAUUUUUCAUGUUGCCAAAGCAGUACCUGAUAGUAGUUAGGUGUCCAAAGGUAUAUGUACCUUAGGGUGAUAUAACUGUGAAUCUGAAAGGAAUUUUAAUAAGCCUGGCCCAGACUUAUUUCUAAAUUGAAGAAACUGAUUUCCAAAGCCUCUGACUUGCUCAGGCUCACACAAAUGACUAAGAAAUCUAGAGUGACAACUCAGGUAUCAGGUUUCCCAGCUGUAGACUGUCCACCAUUCCACAAUUUUGAUAAUCUGAUAAAAGUUUUGCACUAACUCUUGUAACUGUGAUUAUUAUUAAUGUCAUUGAUUUUUAUCCUCUCAGAUGUGCCCUUGCUCUUUCACGGCCUUCUCCAUAACUGUCCACCAGAUCAGAGCUGUUUGUGCACCUACACUGUCACUGAAAAUGUGGGGGAAUACUGACAUUUUUAAAAUCCUGAGUCAUGGGCUAAGAUACAGUAGAGAAAAAGAAUUUUACAAAAUAGGAGAAAUUGAUGUUUGUCAAAAUAGCUCCCAAGAAUAAACUAAAACAGAAAACACAUUUUCCUGAUUUAAUUUUGACUCUGCUUUCAAUAGUGCUCUACUAAAAAGUAUUUAAACCCAUAUGCCUCCAUUCUACACAAAGCAAAGGUACUAUCAAUUAUCCUGCUUCCUAGGUACAUUGGCUGACAGAAAUAAUGAAUACUAUGUAACAUUUAACUGAAGACUUCUCUGAAUUCUUUUUACUUUAAAAUUUCCUGUGAUUUGGUUAUUUUGAAACAUGUGUUACAUAUAGUUGUAUAAUGUUAACUUGUGUCAACUAAAUCCUUGGUAUUGGAUUUAGGAUGUUUUAAGAAUUAUUUUAGGAGAUGUGUUUAAUGUCUGCUUUUUAGUAGCAUAUUUUCAUGUAAUGUUUAAUUAAAGUGAACCAUACAAGA